AGAGAGAGAGAGAGAGAAGUGAGGAAUCCUAAGAUUGACAUGGGAACAGUAAACAAUGAGGGCAGCAUUGUGUCCUGGAAGGCCAAGCAUCACUAGGUGGGGACUCUGAAUAGAACUCAGCUAAAAUUUAAAAAGUCCAUUUCCCCUUUCCCUUGUGAUACCUUUCCUCUCCAUUUGUUAAUCCCUCCUUGAUCUGGAUUCCAUUUUAAAAGUCAGCUACAGCUAGCUACUCCACAAAAGCCUCACCGUCCAUCAUCUUCUUUCAAAACUCUAUUCCAAUUUGAGGGUUGUGAAGAAGAUACACUCUUCCAGAAUCAAUAAUGAAAAUCAGUGAAAACAGCGACGAAGGAAGAACCCUAAAUGUUAAUCAGGGACAGUGGUUGAAUUUGAGCCUAGGAAGGAAUCCAGAUACAACGACACCACUUGGAGAAUCCAGCUCACAAUCAAGACCUAUUUCCACCAAGGUGUUUUCAUGUAACUUUUGCAAGAGGAAGUUCUAUAGUUCACAGGCGUUAGGAGGUCACCAAAACGCUCACAAGAGGGAGAGAGGUGCGGCUAGAGGAUACCCGUCUCAGAGGAUGAUGACAAUCAUGAGCUUUCCCUCCUAUACUUCCAUGGACCGAUCACUUGGUGUCAGACCUCACUCCCUCGUUCACAAACCAAGUAGAGAUGGAACAACAAUUGUGGGAAGAUUUAACGACACUAAUACAGGGUUUGGAAUAGCAUGGGCACCACACAUAGUGGAGGAAUCGAUGGAUUUGAUGUGGCCGGGAAGCUUUCAUUUAAAUCGACAGCCACCAGAGCAACCAUCAGACACCCUUACAGUUGACUUGAACCUCCGGUUAUAAUCCUUCUAUCCUUCUUCCCCACUUUGGAAUGCUUUUCUUCAUUUCUUCCUAUCGGAAUAGUUUUUGAGUUAUUCUUCCCCACUUGACUUCUGGUGCACUAUGCUAGUCUCCAAGUUUGAAAGGUUCAUUAUCCUUUCUAUUGCCUUCAAGCUUUGUUCUUGUUGUACUUUAUAAUAGUUUAUAUAGCGUUAAGAGUGUACCAACUCGAAUAAUGAGAAAAAUUUUGGAA